CUUGCAGUGUUUGAAGAUCAGCGAACGCGGCGACACGCCUGAAAGCAAAUCGCGUCCCCUUUUACUCACACGGCACUUCCUGAUAUAAGGUUGCGCCUCAGAUUGUGUCAUGCAACGGGGGCAUUCGCGCUCAGAACAAGCCGAACAAAGAUCUUUCGGGCUGUCUUCCCCGUUUCUCCCAGAGCAGUUGAAGAAGCGACUUUUCAGACAGGGUGUGUAACCUUGGCAAACAAAAUGGACUACAGGAGUGCCUUGGAGGUGUAUAAGGAGAUGGUGCUGCUGUACAUAGAGGAGGCUCGGCACUUUGUGAAUUCUCAGUGUGCUGAUCUGGAGCCAUGGCAGAUCAUUGCGACCACUUUGCUGUCCACACUUGGUGCAGUGUGGCUAAAGGGUUUCCUUUUCCAAAAAGAGAGUCUGACAUCAAGGGUAAAGAAGCAGUUCUUUAAAAUCAUCAGAAAAAUCCCAUUUAUUGGAGCAACAAUUCAGAAUCAGCUCAACAAGGCAUUGGAUGACAUGUCGAUGAGUCUAUGCACGCUGAAGGAAGGCAUGUGCUACACCAAACUCCUACCAGCACAGGGCCUCACCCACAAACAGCUCCUCGACAAGAUCAGGGAGUAUGAGACACUGAGUGAAGUAGACUGGGCGAAAGGCAAAGUGUCAGGUGCAGUCUACUGGGGGGAUGAGAAGCUCACAGAUCUCCUGGUGAAGGUAUAUGGUGAGUUUGCCUGGACCAAUCCCCUCCACCCAGACCUGUUCCCUGGGGUUAGGAAGAUGGAGGCAGAAGUGGUGCGGAUGACGUGUGCCCUCUUUAAUGGAGGGCCAGACUCCUGUGGCACAGUUACUUCAGGUGGAACAGAAAGCAUCCUGAUGGCAUGCAAGGCAUACAGAGACAUGGCUCAUGAACGUGGCAUUAAACACCCAGAGAUUAUUGCACCAGUGAGUGUCCAUGCAGCGUUUGACAAAGCAGCACAUUAUUUUGGGAUGAAGCUCAUUCACAUACCUCUGGACAAGAAGACCAUGAAAGUGGAUGUGAAGGCAAUGAGGAGGGCCAUCUCUAGAAACACAGCAAUGCUGGUGUGUUCAGCUCCUCAGUUCCCCCAUGGAAUUAUGGACCCUGUAGUGGAAGUGGCGAAGCUUGCAGUAAAAUACAACAUCCCAUUCCAUGUGGAUGCAUGCUUGGGUGGGUUCCUAAUAAUUUUUAUGGAAAAGGCGGGUUUCAAACUUGAUCCCUUUGAUUUCCGGGUCAAAGGCGUGACCAGUAUCUCAGCUGAUACACAUAAGUAUGGUUAUGCUCCCAAAGGCUCCUCAGUGGUGCUCUACAGUGACAAGAAAUUUCGCCACUACCAGUAUUUCGUAGCUCCUGAUUGGCAGGGAGGAAUUUACGCGUCUCCGUCCAUGGCUGGCUCUCGGCCUGGAGGCAUAAUUGCUGCCUGUUGGGCUACUAUGAUGCACAUGGGUGAGAAUGGAUAUGUUGAGGCCACCAGGAAAGUCGUUGGGACAGCCCGCAAAAUCAAAGCAGGAAUCCGCAAAAUAGAUGGGGUGUUUGUAUUCGGGGAUCCAGAAGUGUCUGUGGUGGCUCUAGGCUCUGAUGUUUUUGAUAUCUUUCGCUUAUCAAAUGCACUGACUUCAAAGGGCUGGAAUCUCAACACUCUGCAGUUCCCAUCCAGCAUCCAUAUUUGUGUCACAAUGCUACACACACAGCCUGGUGUAGCUGAGCAGUUCAUCAGUGAUGUGAAGAGAGAAGUAGCCAUCAUCAUGAAGAAUCCUAAAGAGAAGACCACGGGGAUGGGAGCAAUCUAUGGCAUGGCCCAAUCCAUUCCUGACCGAACGAUGGUGACUGAGGUCUCACAGGGCUUUUUGGACUGCCUCUAUAGCACUGAGGUGCCCAAGAUACAGAGCAAGCACCACAAAAACCAUAAGAACCACAUGAAUGGCAACUCUAAAGCGCACUGAGAUUGACUGUCGGGGUCUCCACCCUUAGCUGGCUAAAGGGAUGUUCACUGUAAUCAUCUAAUCCAUUUACUUCAUUCAGUCAACUAUUUACAACUAACUAUUUUAUGUAUAAGCCAUAGUCACCUGAUAUUUUGGGAUUUGUGACUAAGGAGCGACAGUAUCCUGUCUAUAAGACUACAGAGACAGGUGCACAAGUAUCUAUGAGAGUCUUUGAAGGGUCUGGGACAUAUUCAUUUAAUUUUGGUGACCAGUGAGUGCAGUUUUCCUUGUUUCAUUUGGUCAAUUUCUUAUUUUUAGGACCAGUGCACACCAUAUGUAUUUGAUCACAUUUCCACUAUAUUCUUUGGAAGUGUGCCACUUAAACCUCAGGAUGCCAGGGCAUAAUGUUGUCACAAUGACUUUACAUUUGACAUGUUAUUGACAGACUGUUUUGACACUUCCCAGGAAUUAAAUAAUGCAGAUUAGACCAAUAUCCAUAAUACUAUCAACAUGGAUAAAUCAUGGAGUUAGGAUUUUAUAUAUUCGCUAUAUCUCCUUCUCAGUAGAAACUUGAAAACAUAGCAGACCGUUUUCGGAUGGUAGUACUGCUCAGGUGAACCUGUAUUGCAAAUGUUUAGUUUUAUUUAUUUCUUUUAAAUUCCCCAUAACUAGGAUAUAUUUGAUAAUCCAGUCUCAAAACAUUCAUCUUAUUUAAGAGAAAAUAUCUCUCUGGUUUUAAAUUACCUGUGGAAAGUGAUAUCAGGGCAAAACUUAACAAAUCCACCCACCAGGUUGUGAAGUUCAACCAUAUUUCCAGGUUCAAAUUCCCAUCCAUUUGGGUUUUCAAUUUUCACAUUUCAUCCUAUCUACCUCAUAUCUAA